AUGGCAUACCGUUGGAGGAACAUAAGUGGAAUGAUGGAGGCUGAUCUAGCAGCCCAAAAUAAUGGUACUUCAGACUCAUUCAACAACCAUGGCUCCGGCCACCAGAAUUUCUCCAAUUCAAAGAUCAACAGUGGUGCCUAUGCAGGCGAUCGCAACUGGUAUGAUUCCUCUCAACACUAUGGUGGUAACACUUUAAAUAACAGUGGCAUAUUCAAUGGUAAUGGCAAUGGUGGCUCCAUCCAGGGUGGCUUCAACUCCACCACCUCCAACUUCUACGCUUAA